AUGUCUCUUGAACACUCCAAACGCAAACGCGCUAAUAUAAAACGCAAUAUAUCGCGCAUUAAAUCUAUAGUUGAGGGAUCAAAAGACUUUGAUGAAAAGCCUUCACAUGCGGAGUUACAGUGCCGACUGGGAAUUCUAGAGUCAUACUUUAAGCAAGCACUCUCAGUCCAAGCUGACAUUGAAGAUUUGGAUCCAUCAGACACAGGUCGCGCAGAUUUAGAGGAUAGCUAUGUCACAGCCAAACUUUGCAUUCAAGCACAACUUGGGGACGAAGGAAACGUUACAAUUAAUUACCCCGAGACAACAGCUCCAACUCCUGUUUCCACGCCAUCAUUCUUGCCAAGGUUGUCGCUGCCUACUUUUAGCGGGAACUAUGCAGAAUAUAAAAACUUUAUUGCAUCUUUUACUCAACUUGUCGCUCGGGAACCUAGACUUUCAAAUAUAGAACGAUUUAAUUAUUUGUUGUCGUGUCUUAAAGGUUCAGCCCUAGAAACCGUAAGAGCUUUCCAGGUCACCAGCGAAAACUAUCCGAAAGCUUUAGACAGACUCAGGGAACGCUUCGAUAAUCCCACUCUGAUAUUUUUGGAAGGAAUUGCCUCCUUAUUCACGCUGCCAACAGCCGAUAAAUCAAACUAUCAACAAUUGCGUAGUUUGAUUGACAAGGCAUCAGCCAUAUUUAGUUCAUUAGAAUCAUUGGGCACGAGCUCCAAUAUCGCACAAGCAAUGCUGAUUUACAUUGUUAUUGGAAAAUGUGAUCAGCAAACUCGCAACAAAUGGAAUGAAUCGCUAGACUACAAAUCGCUUCCAACUUGGAUACAAUGCACCCAAGUUUUAGAACGCCAUUGUCAGUUUUUGCAUUCAUCCGACUCCUCGUUACGCCAUACGUUCGAGUCCACCAAACCAAUUCGGAUUACUACGCGUGGACAAAACUCAUCAUUCGCCAUCACUAAGCCUUCUUGUGUUCUUUGCUCUAGCGAUAAACACAAAAUUAUUGGGUGUUCUCAAUUCAAGGACAUGAACACGAAUCAACGCUACGAUGCCGCCAAGAAAUACGACCUCUGUAUCAAUUGUCUGAGCAAUGGUCACAGAGUAGCUCAGUGUGUCUCGAAGCAUCGCUGCCGCUCCUGUAACAGAACGCAUCAUACUCUCUUGCAUCAUGACAACGCGACUCUGCCCACACUUGCAAGUCCAACAUCUCUUCCUGUUUCGCAAUCGUUUCAACCAUCAUCAUCAUAUUCAACCAAACCUCAUACAUACAACCAAGUAGCAGCCACGCAUUCGCAUAUGGAGACAUCGGAUCAUGGGCAGGUCAUUCUAGCAACAGCUUUAGUUUUAGUUAAAGAUUCCAUGGAUGAGUUCGCACAAAAGCUUCACCUUCGUCGAGAAAGGUAUCGCAUUGGCAUUCGCAGCAUAGGUGAUUCAGUUACCAAUCUUAAAGCUCGAACCACCACAACAAUUAAGUCACGUACAUCAGCAUUUCAACUAUCGCUCCAGUUUGGUAUCACACCCCAUAUUGCAUACCAACCUGACGCUGAAAUUGACACAUUAAAUUGGAACUUGCCAGCCAACACAACUUUGGCUGACGAAACUUUCUUCAAACCUCGACGCAUCGAUCUGUUGCUUGGAACAGAGGCAUUUUUUGAAGCUCUCGCUGUUGGUCAAAUAAAGCUUGGCCAAAAUUUACCUACAUUGCAAAAAACAUUAUUUGGCUGGGUGGUUUCAGGAAGAUACCAGUCGAAGCACUAUACGCCUUCAAAGUCUUGUCUGCUAUUUCACGAAGACUCUAUUGACGCAAACAUGCAACGCCUUUGGGAGCUCGAAACUGUCGACUCGAAACCCAACCCUAUUUCAACUGAUCAUCAGCUUUGCGAACGUCAUUUUAUAGCCACAACACAUCAAGAUACUACUGGACGCAUAUCUGUGAGGCUGCCAUCUAAGGACAAUCCCGCUGCACUUGGAGCCUCAUUCGACAUCGCUCGUCGCCGAUUCCUAGCAAUCGAACGCCGUCUUUCGCAGUCACCAGACACUUAUUCCCAGUACGUCUCAUUCAUGGAAGAAUACGAACGUCUUGGUCACAUGUCUGCAGUUAAAGCUCCGAAAUUAGAUGAACCACACUAUUACAUAUCACAUCACUGCGUACUGAAACCUACAAGCACAUCAACAAAGUUACGAGUAGUGUUCGACGCCUCUUGCCAAACUACGACACAAACAUCGCUAAAUGAUUUACUUUUAGUUGGACCAACCAUCCAAACAGAGCUGUACAUGUUGCUACUGCGCUUCCGUUUGUAUCGUUACGCUAUCACCGCAGAUGUCACUAAAAUGUACAGGCAAGUAUCCUUGAAUAAAAAUGAUCGUAAAUUUCAUUACAUUCUUUGGCGAGCUUCUGCAGACGCAGAUCUUCUCACAUACCAGCUCAACACUGUGACAUAUGGGACCGCCUCAGCUCCAUAUCUCGCAGUGCGAAGCCUUCACUACUUGGCAGAUCAGCAUAUGGCAGAAUUUCCAAUUGGCGCUACGGCUGUAAAAACUUCGUUCUAUGUAGAUGAUCUUCUAUGUGGUGCAGAUGACACAGAUGCCUUACACAAAUUAAAGGAAGAAGUUAUUGAGAUACUUCGACGCGGACAGUUUCCUCUUUCCAAAUGGCAUUCCAAUCACCCAGAUUUCAUGGAAAGCCAAACUAUGAAAGAGCUAAGCAUUACCGACGAUUUCACAUCAAGUGCACUUGGGGUGACUUGGAAUCAACGCAACGACACGUUGUUGUUUUCAUUCACACCAAAGCAAGUUCACAAGUCUGUCACAAAGCGCACAAUACUGUCUAUCGCUUCAUCGCUUUUCGAUCCACUUGGAGUGCUCUCACCACUCGUGAUAACAUCCAAAAUCAUUAUGCAGGAAUUGUGGCUGCUAAAAUUAGAUUGGGACGAGUCGGUUCCCCAACAUAUACACCAAGCCUGGAAUUGUUGCUUAGCAUCUCUUAACUCGCUUUCAUCACUCAGCCUGCCUCGUUAUUGUCUGCAACCAAAUGCCCGCAACAUACAGUUGCAUGGAUUUUGCGACGCAUCAAUUCGGGCAUACGGAUCGGCGAUUUACAUACGCACAGAAGACUCCGACGGACAGGUUGCUGUACAUUUACUCACUUCGAAAUCAAGGGUCGCACCAGUAAAAAAGCAGUCUCUCCCAAAACUCGAACUUUGCGGUGCCCACCUUCUCGCUUGCCUGUAUGCUAAGAUAAAGAACAUAUUCUCCUCUGUUCGUAUAACUACUUUCUUUUGGACUGACUCGCAACUAGUUCUACAUUGGGUAAAACAACACUCUGUUACGCUGUCAACAUUCGUGGGCAACAGGGUAUCUGACAUACAGGAAUUUACUGCAGGUGGACAAUGGAGGUAUGUGCCUUCCAAAGAGAAUCCAGCCGACCUAGUCUCUCGAGGCUGCCCUGCUGCUGAGCUCAAAUCUUCGAUAUGGUUUUCUGGUCCUCAAUUUUUACAGGAAAACGCAAUGAAUUGGCCAAGGCACACAGACAAUAUUGAGCUUGAUAUGGAUAUUGUGAACAGAGAGAAACGCAAGAAGACAUUUGCUGUAGUUAAGGAGGUAAAUUACUUGAUCGAUGUCAUUGAUGGCAUAAGCUCGUACAUCCAUUGUCUGCGUCUCAUCGCCUGGCUCUUUCGGUUCAGUGAUAAAUGCAGACGAAAGCCUACGACAAACACCAUUUCGCCAUCCCCUGAUGAAUUACGACGCGCAUCAUAUUGCAUUAUCUUCAAUAUUCAGCAACAACAUUUUUCAAACGAUAUUCAAUUGCUUCGAAAAAACCAAGCUCUAAAAAGUAACUUGAAAUUUCUUACACCAUUCUUGGACAACGUUACCGGUUUUGAACUUAUAAAAGUUGGUGGACGUCUAGAUUAUGCAGAUUUACCCAACUCGCAGAAACAUCCGAUUCUACUACCCAGCGAUUCCCAAUUUGUACUAAAGUACGUUCGACACCUACAUUUACGAAAUUUUCACGCAGGCCCAAAGGCAUUGGUCGCCUUCAUCAGAUUAGAAUUUUGGAUAGUCAACGCUAGAGAUGUUGCUCGUCGCAUCGUUCGUUCCUGUGUGCAUUGUGUUCGUUACAAGCCAGUGCUGUUACAACAGGUAAUGGGCCCACUGCCAGUUACACGUAUUACACCUGCAUGCCCGUUUGAACGUUGCGGAAUCGACUUUUGUGGACCAAUAAACACAUAUCUUCGAAUUCGAGGAAAACCACCUACCAAGUCAUAUUUAGCUGUAUUCGUGUGCCUCGUAACUAAAGCUGUGCACAUCGAGGUGGUCUCCGACCUAUCAACAAACGCAUUUCUAAAUGCAUUAAAGCGAAUGAGUGGUCGUCGUAAAAUGCCAUGUGAUAUCUUUUGCGACAAUGCUACCAAUUUUGUGGGUGCAUCAAACCAGCUACAGGACCUCAAACAGUUUUUAUUCAAGACUGAAACGUUAAAUGAAAUCUAUAAAUAUUGUUCCUCUGAUUUUAUUAAUUUCCAUUUUAUUCCACCCAGGGCACCUCACUUCGGCGGCCUCUGGGAAGCUGCGGUAAAGAGCGCGAAGGGGUUGUUAAAUCGCACAUUGGCAAACACUAAACUGACAUUCGAAGAGUUAAACACCGUUGCUGUAGAAGUAGAAGCUAUUCUUAAUUCACGUCCGCUAUCUUCAAUGUCUUCAGAUCCUAACGACUUUGGUGCAUUGACACCUGGUCACUUUUUGGUCGGUGAUUCUUUGCGUGGCUUGCCUGAACGCUCAUUGGAGCUGAAGACCGUCUCACACCUUGAUCGCUACAACACAAUCACUGCCAUCAAGCAAAGUUUUUGGCGUCGCUGCGCUAGCAGCAGUGGCGGUAAUAGCACCAGCAGUAGUACAGUAGCAGCAGCAUCAGCACCAGUAACAACAGCAUCAGCAGUAGCAGCAGCAUCAGUAGUAGCAUCAGCGUCAGUAAUAGCACCAGUAGUAGUAGUAGCAGCAGUAGCAGUAACAACAGCAUCAGCAGUAGCAGCAGCAUCAUCGUCAGUAACAGCACCAGCAGGAGUAGCAGUAGCAGCAGCAUCAGCGCCAGUAACAACAGCAUCAGCAGAAGCAGCAGCAUCAGCAGAAGCAGCAGCAUCAGCGUCAGUAACAGUAACAGCAGCAAUAACGGCGGGUACACACAGUGCGUACGGUAAAAGUACAGUUCAUCGUUGGAAAAACAGAUAA